AUGGGACAGCUAUUAGAAAUUAAAGGGUUUUACGUUUUACCUGUGACAAUAGAGGAUUGCAACUCAAAGCACUAUAUAUAUUUCAAGAAACACGAUGUCAAGAAUAGUGGAAAUGAUGGUGGUGGUGGUGAUGGUAGCCACAGGUCUUUGUUCAUGUGCAAUUUACCUAUAUUGAGUGAUUUGGCAACUAUAAGGAAAUAUUUUCAAAGUGUAGCUUUGGGCGCAACUAUAGAAAACUAUACCGAGUCGUAUCUCACAAGUUGUGAAGAGGAUGCUUGGGUUAAUUUGUCUAAACUAACCUCCGACUUAUCUGCAAACACAAUAGAUGAAGUUGCAAGCAGAUUACCGAAAAACUCGGCAAUAGUGACUUUUAUAGACAAGGCUUCUUUCCAACUUGCAUUCAAUGCGCUAAAGAAGCUUUCACUAUCAUCAUCUUCUUCUUCUUCUUUUUCUUCACCACCACUAUCACAGUCGAUAUGGCCAAUCAAAUUUGUAUCAUCUUCAUACUACCUUACACAAUACCAGCUGCUAAUGCUAGAUAAUGAAAAAUUGUCAGAACAAGUGGCUCAGGCUUUGAGUGAUUUCGAUAGGGCCGAGAAGGAGAGUAUCGAGAAUCUACAGGCACAGGCUAAUCUAGUUGAUGAAGAUGGGUUCACGUUGGUAGUUGGAUCUCAUAGAAAGACGAAAGCCGGUGUAUUGGGCAAGCAGAAAUUAACCAAGACCAUAGAGAGUGAAAAGGCUCAAAAGAAAUCAAAGAAGAAUGAAAAACCGGAUUUUUAUAGAUUUCAAUUGAGACAACGCAAAAAGGAGGAAAUGAAUGAAUUGUUGAACAAGUUUAAGGCGGAUCAAGAGAAAGUGAGAUUAAUGAGGGAGAAGAAAAGAUUCAGGCCGUAUUGA